UUUUGCGACGCCCGGAGCGAAGGAGGCAGGAACGGAAACAAUAGAGCAGAGAGGACAGCGAGUGUUGCGCAGACCCGGUACACAGCACAGGGAUGCGGGGCUUUUAACGCGCCACACAGCACCGCAACAUUCGCUGGAUUUACUUUAGCGCACGGUACGUUUGAUCGCUGCCAUCUCCGGGGAGGAAAGAUGAGUUGUGCCGAGGCGGCCGAGGAGGGACCCAACGACUCGGAUACGGACCCGUUUUACAAAGCAGGUUCUUUCCGGAGUGAGGGGAUUAAGGCGUGUGAUGUUCUCCCCGUCCUGAGAGAGAAAGUGGCCUUCGUGUCAGGAGGCCGUGAUAAGAGGGGAGGACCCAUCCUGACGUUCCCCGCUCGGAGCAACCACGACAGGAUAAAGCAGGAAGAUCUGAGGAGGCUGGUCACGUACCUGUCCACGGUGCCCAGUGAGGAUGUGUGUAAGCGGGGUUUCACCGUGAUCAUCGACAUGCGUGGCUCUAAGUGGGAGCUGGUCAAGCCUUUGCUGAAGACACUACAAGAGACGUUCCCUGCUGAGAUCUGCGUCGCCCUCAUCAUCAAACCUGACAACUUCUGGCAGAAACAAAAGACCAACUUCGGCAGUGCCAAGUUCACCUUUGAGACUAGCAUGGUAUCUGUGGAGGGCCUGACCAAGCUCGUGGACCCUUCUCAGCUGACAGACGACUUUGACGGCUCCCUGGAGUACGACCACGAGCAGUGGAUGGAGCUCCGUGUGGCGUUGGAGGAGUUCCUGGCCAGUGCCACACACCUCCUCUCGCGCCUGGAGGAGCUCCAGGAGCUGCUGGCGAAGAAGGAGUUCCCCGUGGAUGUGGAGGGCUCACGGAGGCUGAUCGAGGAGCACACGCAGCUGAGGAAGAGAGUGAUGAAGGCCCCUGUGGAGGAGCUGGACCGAGAGGGCCAGCGGCUGCUGCAGUGCAUCCGCUCCAGCGACGGUUUCUCGGGCCGGAACUGCAUCUCGGGCGGCGCCGACUUCCAGAGUGUGGUGCCCAAGAUCGCCAGCCUGCUGGACAAGUUGCACGGCACCAGGCAGCACUUGCACCAGAUGUGGCACAUAAGGAAGCUGAAGCUGGACCAGUGCUUCCAGCUAAGGCUCUUCGAGCAGGACGCAGAGAAGAUGUUCGACUGGAUCGGCCACAACAAGGAUCUGUUCCUGCAGAGCCACACGGAGAUCGGCGUGAGCUACCAGCACGCCGUCGACCUGCAGACGCAGCACAACCACUUCGCCAUGAACUCCAUGAACGCGUACGUGAACAUCAAUCGGAUCAUGUCUGUGGCGACGCGGCUGUCAGAGGCAGGUCACUACGCCUCGCAACAGGUCAAACAGAUCAGCGCACAGCUAGACCAGGAGUGGAAGAGCUUCGCCGCCGCUCUAGACGAGCGUAGCACGAUCCUUGCCAUGUCCGCCGUCUUCCACCAGAAAUCAGAACAGUUUCUUUCAGGUGUGGAGCCCUGGUGUAAGAUGUGUAAUGAGGGGGGUCUCCCCUCUGAGAUGCAGGACCUUGAGCGAGCGAUUCACCACCACCAGACUCUGUACGAACAGGUCACUCAGUCCUACACAGAGGUGAGUCAGGACGGGAAGGCGCUGUUGGACGUCCUGCAGCGGCCGCUGAGCCCCGGCAAUGCCGAGUCGCUCACGGCGACGGCAAACUACUCCAAAGCCGUGCACUGCAUCCUGGACGUGGUCCACGAGGUCCUCCAUCACCACCGACGCCUGGAGAACAUCUGGCAGCAUCGCAAAGUACGUCUACACCAGCGCCUCCAGCUGUGUGUGUUCCAGCAGGACGUGCAACAGGUUAUGGACUGGAUAGAGAACCAUGGUGAGGCCUUCCUGAGCAAGCACACUGGAGUGGGCAAGUCUCUCCACAGGGCACGAGCACUGCAGAAACGCCACGACGACUUUGAGGAGGUGGCUCAGAACACCUACACCAACGCGGACAAGCUGCUGGAGGCGGCAGAGCAGCUGGCCCAGACGGGCGAGUGCGACCCAGAAGAGAUUUACAAGGCGGCGCGGCACCUGGAGGUCAGGAUCCAGGACUUUGUGAGGAGGGUGGAGCAACGCAAGCUGCUGCUGGACAUGUCUGUCUCUUUCCACACUCACACUAAAGAGCUGUGGGCGUGGCUGGAGGAGCUACAGAAGGAGCUCCUGGAGGAGGUGUGCUCCGACUCCGUGGACUCCGUCCAGGAGCUGAUCAAACAGUUCCAGCAGCAGCAGGGUGCCACGCUGGAGGCCACGCUCAACGUCAUCAAACAAGGCGAGGACCUCGUACAGCAGCUCAGGGACUCGGCGCUGAGCAGUAACAAGAUGCCACACAACAGCUCGAUAGCGCACAUCGAGAGUGUCCUGCAGCAGCUGGAUGAGGCACAGGGACAGAUGGAGGAGCUGUUCCACGAGCGCAAGAUUAAACUGGACAUCUUCCUGCAGUUGCGCAUCUUUGAGCAGUACACCAUUGAGGUGACGGCCGAGCUGGACGCGUGGAACGAGGAUCUGGUGAGGCAGGCCAGCGAGCUGAGUGCAGAGGAAACAGGCCUGGCGGAGCAGAGACUGCAGCGGCAUGCCGAGCGGAAACUGGCCAUGAGCAACAUGACCUACGAGGUCAUCCAACAGGGGCAAGACCUGCAUCAGUACAUCAUGGAGGUGCAGGCAUCAGGUAUUGAGCUGACAGGAGAGAAGGAGGUAGAUUUGGCCACACAGGUUCAGGAGCUGCUGGAGUUUCUCCAUGAGAAACAGCACGAGCUGGACAUGAGCGCUGAGCAAACACAGAAACGGUUGGAGCAGUGUCUGCAGCUACGCCACCUACAGGCUGAGGUUAAACAGGUGCUUGGAUGGAUCCGGAAUGGUGAGUCAAUGCUGAAUGCUAGCAUGGUGAACGCCAGCUCGUUGUCUGAGGCUGAACAGUUACAAAGAGAGCAUGAACAAUUCCAGCUAGCUAUAGAGUCUCUGUUCCACGCCAACUCGCUGCAGAAGACACACCAGAGCGCGCUGCAGGUCCAGCAGAAGGCAGAGGCCCUGCUGCAGGCCGGACACUAUGACCCCGAGGCCAUCCGCGCCUGCGCCGAGAAGGUGGCUAUGCACUGGCAGCAGCUCAUGCUGAAGAUGGAGGACCGCCUCAAGCUGGUCAACGCCUCUGUGGCCUUCUACAAGACCUCGGAGCAGGUGUGCAGCGUGUUGGAGAGCUUGGAGCAGGAAUACCGCAGGGAUGAGGACUGGUGUGGGGGUCACGACAAGCUGGGGCCUUCGGCAGAGUCCGACCACGUGCUGCCCCUCAUCACCAAGCACCUGGAGCAGAAAGAGGCCUUCCUCAAGGCCUGCACGCUAGCCCGCCGUAAUGCCGAGGUCUUCCUCAAGUACAUCCACCGCAACAACGUGAGCACCCCCACCUCCCCUAGCAAUGCCCGUGGCCCCGAGCAGCAGGUCAAAGCCAUCCUGAAUGAACUGUUGCAAAGAGAGAACCGAGUCCUGCAUUUCUGGACCAUGAAGAAGAGAAGGCUGGACCAGUGCCAGCAGUACGUGGUGUUUGAGCGCAGUGCCAAGCAGGCACUAGACUGGAUCCAGGAGACAGGCGAGUUCUUCCUCACCACACACACCUGCCCGGGGCCGGGAGACUCCGCGAGGAAGACUAGUGCACUGCUGAAGGAGUAUGAAGAGUUCUGCAUCUCUGCUAAGCAAACCAAGGAGAAAGUGAAACUGCUGAUCCAGCUGGCCGACAGCUUCGUGGAGAAGGGCCACGCCCAUGUGGCCGAGCUGAAGAGAUGGGUGAGCGCCGUGGACAAGUGUUACCGCGACUUCUCCCUGCGCAUGGGACAGUACCGCGGCAGCCUGGAGGAGGUGCUGGGUGUUGGCUCGGAGGAUAACAGGGACCUGGAGUUGGAUAUUAUUCCAGCCAGUCUCACAGACCCACAGGUCAAACUCCGUGACCCGAACCAUGAGGUCAACGAGGAGAAACGCAAGUCAGCCAGGAAGAAAGAAUUUAUCAUGGCAGAGUUACUGCAAACUGAAAAGGCCUAUGUUAGAGAUCUUCAUGAGUGUUUAGAGACAUACCUGUGGGAGAUGACCAGCGGUGUGGAGGAGAUCCCACCAGGAAUCGCCAACAAAGAACACAUCAUCUUCGGAAACAUUCAGGAGAUUUAUGACUUCCAUAGCAAUAUCUUCCUGAAAGAACUGAUAAAUUAUGAACAGUUACCAGAGGAUGUGGGUCAUUGUUUUGUCACAUGGGCGGAUAAAUUCCAGAUUUAUGUGACUUACUGUAAAAACAAGCCGGAUUCCAGCCAGCUAAUCCUGGAGCAUGCUGGGAGUUUCUUUGAUGAAAUUCAGCAGAGGCACGGCCUGGCAAACUCCAUCUCCUCCUACCUUAUCAAACCUGUGCAGAGGAUCACCAAAUACCAGCUACUUCUCAAGGAGCUGCUGAGCUGCUGUGAGGAGGGCAAAGGAGAGAUGAAGGAUGGCUUGGAGGUGAUGCUGGGAGUACCGAAGAGAGCCAACGACGCCAUGCACCUCAGCAUGCUGGAGGGUUUUGAUGAGAACCUGGAGGUGCAGGGCGAGCUGAUUCUACAGGACACUUUCCAGGUGUGGGACCCCAAAUCUCUGAUCCGUAAGGGUCGCGACCGACACCUCUUCCUCUUCGAGAUCUCCCUCGUCUUCAGCAAAGAGAUCAAAGAUUCAGCAGGACGCACAAAAUACGUCUACAAGAACAAACUACUGACAUCUGAACUGGGGGUGACCGAGCACAUUGAGGGAGACCCCUGUAAAUUUGCACUGUGGGCAGGACGGACACCUUCAUCCGACAACAAGACUGUCCUCAAGGCAUCCAGCAUCGAGGCCAAGCAGGAGUGGAUCAAGAACAUUCGGGAGGUGAUCCAGGAGCGGAUCAUUCACCUGAAGGGGGCACUGAAAGAGCCUAUCCCCAUCCCCAAAACCCCCGCCAAGCCGCGCAACAGCAGCAAGAGGGAAGCUGGAGAAGACAUGGACAGUCAGGGUGAUGGCAGUAGUCAGCCUGACACCAUCUCCAUUGCGUCUCGGACAUCUCAGAACACAGUGGACAGUGACAAGCUGUCGGGCGGGUGUGAGCUGACGGUGGUGUUGCAGGACUUCGUGGCCGGCGGCGCGGCCGAGCUCAGCGUGCAGACGGGCCAGACGGUGGAGCUCCUGGACAGGCCCAGCGAACAGCCCGGCUGGUGCCUGGUGCGCACCACAGACCGCAGCCCAGCCCUGGAGGGACUCGUGCCCAGCGGGUCGCUCUGCGUCUCCCACUCGCGCAGCAGCGUGGAGAUGGACUGCUUCUUCCCCGCAGGCAAAGAGAACUACGCCGUCAGCGGCCCGGAUGGGAAGUCGGACUCGGUGGCGUCACUGCAGCCUCACGCGUCGCUAGCGUCUGUGCGCAGCAGCUCGCCGGGGCCCAAGCGCUCAGGGAACACGCUGAAGAAAUGGCUGACGAGUCCCGUGCGCCGCCUCAGUCACGGCAGCAAUGUCAAGAAGCCGGCCAGCAAGCAGAAGCAGAAGAGGGACGGACGCAAGAGCAUUGACCUGGGCCCCCCCGAGACCCAGGACGACGGCCCGGAGGAGAGCGUGAGAAAAGAUGGAAGCUUCUCCAAGGCCUCAGGAAUGCAGAGCGGAGGAGAGGAGGAGCCGGAGGACGAGUCUCACACGCCUCUGCCUCCGCCCAUGGAGAUCAUCAAGGACCCCUCCGCCCAGGAGGAGAAGUCGGCCGCGUUGCAGGGGUCAGCCGAGGUCCCCAGCGCCGCUGAGCUGGUCAGUGCUAUAGAGAAACUGGUCAAAACCAAGAUGACGCUGGAAGGAGGACCAUACCCUAGUUUCAGCCCUGCGAUCCCAGCGGAGCCGAGCCCCGUGCAGCCCCGGAACCCUGAGCUGGAGCAGAAAGCCAAGGCACUCCGCGGACGCAUGUUUGUCCUGAAUGAGCUGAUACAGACAGAGAAAGACUACGUGAAGGACUUGGGCAUCGUUGUAGAGGGUUUCAUGAAGAAGAUUGAGGAAAAAGGAGUACCCGAAGACAUGAAGGGAAAAGACAAAAUUGUCUUUGGCAACAUUCAUCAGAUCUAUGAUUGGCACAGAGAUUUCUUCGUAGGAGAACUGGAAAAAUGUCUCGGAGAGCAUGAGAAACUGCCAGAGCUCUUCAUCAAGCACGAGCGGAGGCUGCACAUGUAUGUGGUUUACUGCCAGAACAAACCCAAGUCUGAAUUCAUAGUGGCCGAAUACGACUCCUACUUUGAGGCAGUUCAGCAGGAAAUAAACUCGAGACUGAGUAUAAGUGACUUUCUCAUCAAACCAAUUCAGAGGAUUACAAAAUAUCAACUCUUAUUGAAGGACUUCCUGAAGUUCAGCAGCAAGGCGGGACUCGACUGUCAGGGCAUUCAGAAAGCGGUUGAUCUGAUGUCGCAGGUCCCUAAACUCUGCAAUGAUAUGAUGAACCUUGGCAGACUACAAGGCUACGAGGGAAAGCUGACGAGUCAGGGUAAACUGCUGCAGCAGGAGACGUUCUUCGUGACAGAGCAGGACUCGGGCGUCCUGUCUCGUAGCAAAGAGCGCAGAGUCUUCCUCUUUGAGCAGAUCGUCAUCUUCAGUGAACUUCUACGCAAAGGUUCCUCCACGCCGGGCUACCAGUUCAAGAAAAGCAUCAAGGUAAGCUACCUGGCUCUAGAAGAGCACGUGGAUAAUGACCCAUGUAAGUUCGUGCUGACGAGUCGUGGCUCGGCCGAGCGGUUCACACUGCAGGCGGCUAACACAGACGUUAAACAGGUGUGGGUGCACCACAUCACCGAGCUGCUGGACGCCCAAAGCAACUUCCUCUCAGCUCUUCAAUCCCCCAUCGAGUAUCAGAAGGAAAAGGGCACCUCCCACUCGCUCACACGCAACUCGUCCAGCGGGGGGCGCAGUGGGCAGGCCAGACCCAGCUCAGCAGCCCUGGGCAGCCCAGAGAAAGCCCCUCUGUCCGGCCGUGCCUCCACCCCGCUGAAGCUUCCUACCUCCAACGGCAACCCCUGCCUUGAGCCUCACAAACACGAGAGCUCCAAGGGCUGUAACGGCGUGUCAUCCUCCAUGACGGUGACUCAGGACUACAGUGCACUGAAGGAGAAUGAGAUCUGUGUCAUGCAGGGCGAGAUAGUGCAGGUGCUCGCAACCAAUCAGCAAAACAUGUACCUGGUGUACCGCCCAGCCAACAGCCAAUCCCCUGCCGCCGAGGGCUGGGUGCCGGGCAACAUCCUCGGCCCACUCAGUAAAACCAUCACAGACACUGCUGCUGACUCAAAUAUCAAGAAGUCGCUCUCGUGGAACACGCUCCGCGCCCGCAAGCGCGCUGAGAAGGAGGGCGCGGGGAAAAGUGAGCCAAAGCUCGAGAAUGGAUCACGUAAGCCUAAGGACAUUCUCAGCAGCAAGGUCAAUGUGAAAGAGUCUCACAGCUCAGAGGAAUCAGAGUGUGAGGACGAACUAGACCCCAAAACUAGCAUGGAGUUAAUGAACCCCAAUUUUAUCCAAGAAGUGGCUCCAGAGUUCCUGAUUGCGCUGGCGGAUGUGACGUGUGCGCUGGGGGAAACCGUGGUCCUGUGCUGUAAAGUGUGUGGUCGCCCCAAACCCACAGUGACGCUGAAGGGCCCAGAUCAGAGUCUACUCGUCAACAACAACCGCUUUACCAUCAACAUCAGGGAAACUGGUGAUAUUUUGCUGAAGAUCUGUAACCUGAUGCCCCAGGACACUGGCAUCUACACGUGCGUCGCCGUCAACGACCACGGAACGGCCUCGUCCUCCGCAUCCAUUAAAGUGCAAGGUGUACCAGCAGCGCCGGUACGGCCAGUGGCCCAGGAGGCUAGCAGUAUGGCGGUGGUGGUGCACUGGGGUCCCCCUGCCAGCUCGGGAAACUGCGCCAUAACCAGCUACACCGUGGAGUACAGACAAGAGGACUCCCUGGUGUGGCAGCAGUCGGUUGUCUCUACAGCAGAUGUGUGUGUGAAGAUUGAGGAUCUAAUUCCGGGUGGGCACUACCAGUUUCGAGUCCGCGCCAGCAAUCCGUGGGGCACCAGCGCCCCCAGCGAACCCUCCAACAUGGUCACACUGCCCAGCUGUGUGUCCACUUACGAUGGAACUGGAAUACAGUGGAAAGACAACUUCGAGUCACUGUUUACAGAAAUCUGUGAAAUCGGAAGGGGCCGUUUCUCUGUGGUGAGGAAGUGUCUGCAGAAGGCCUGUAAGAAGGAGGUGGCGGCGAAGUUCGUCAACAAGAAGAUGCAGAAAAAAGAGCAGGUGGCACACGAGGCUGAUCUCCUGAAACACGUCCAGAACCCUCAGCUGGUGGCGCUGGCCGACACCUACGAAUCGCCGACCGCGUACAUUCUCGUCCUAGAGCUGCUGGAGGGUGGGCGUCUGCUGGACUACCUGGUAGCCCAUGACGAGCUGAUGGAAGAAAAGGUAGCCUAUUUCAUCAAGGACACGCUGGAGGCGUUGCAGAGCCUGCACACCUGCAAAGUUGCUCACCUGGACCUGAAGCCUGAAAACCUGAUGGUUGACCUCCACAAGCCUGCGCCCUGUGUGAAGCUGAUAGACUUCGGUGAUGCAGUGCUGAUCUCGGGCCACCGGUACGUGCACCUCCUUCUGGGGAACCCCGAGUUCGCUGCUCCAGAGCUGAUCCAGGGAAUGCCAGUGUCCCUGUCCACGGACGUGUGGAGCGUGGGAGUCCUUGCCUACGUCAUGCUCAGCGGCGUCUCCCCAUUCCUGGAUGAGAGCCUGGAGGAGACGUGCGUCAAUGUCUGCAAGCUGGACUUCUGUUUCCCGGAUGAGUACUUCCAUGGCGUGAGCCAGGCGGCGAGGGACUUCGUCGUGUCGGCACUGAGCCUGGACCCCAGGAGGCGGCCGAGCUCGUCCACGUGCCUGCAGCACCCGUGGGUGGGCACGCACAGCGCCGACUACUCCAAAACGCCGCUGGACACAGCCAGGCUGGCCUCUUUCAUCGACAGGCGCAAACAGCUGCACGAUGUUCGGCCCGUCACCAACAUUAAGGGCUUGGUCUCUAGCAGCAUGGGGCACACCAUAUGAGAGUGGGCACCUUCUCCACGCGAAGAAACAUGCUAGCCACAGGGCCACAUGCAUUGUAGAAUGUCAUUUCAAAAUGUGCUGUACUGCACACAAACGCACGAGUUUGCAUAGUUUUUCAGAUGUGUAACAGGGAUUCCCUGCUCCUGGGAAUCUGACACUGGAAUUUCACAGAGAGCUUGCCAUUUUUCCAAUCUUCUGGAAUCUAAGCUAAAAGACACAAGGCCCUGUGCUGGGAAGCCCUGGUAUACUUCUGAAAUAAGGUCUGUACACUGAUGAAUUACAGAACUGUCCUAAUAAAAGGAGCAGCGUGGCGGGUAUGCGCUCUCAGUGUUAGCAACAGAGCGUGAAUACAAUUUAGUUUAACCUUUGAAUGUACAGGAAUCUAGAAUGUGGUUUGCCAUUCUUCUGUACUUCCUGAAAAGAUAUUUAGCACUGUUUUUUUGUUUUUUUGUUUUUUUUUAGAAAAUGCAUUGUCUGUAGAUAUAGGGCAGCAGAUAUUUUUACAAGUUUAAUAUGACAGUAAUGGAAAUGUAUAGGAUAUUAAACGGUUUGAAUUUUCAGCACAGCCAUUCCGGUUCUAGCUUAUGCCCUGGGUUUACACGUCAUACACACUUUUACGAUAGGUCAUGGCUUUAGUUUCUAGUAGUAAAUUAUUCAGUGGUUCCACUCAUAUCUGAGUUAAGGGAUUUUGAAUCCUUUUGUGAUGCCUUUGAACAGGAAGUGACAUGUGUUGAAUUAUUUUAGAGUUGAAGUAUUCAUUCCUGUUUGUUAUAUUUGAAAAUGAAAGACAUUUAGAUUUUUUUGAAUACUGCUCUGUCUAGCCUGAUUAGACGUUGCUUAUUCCAACCCACAUCAGUGUUAGAGAACAGCAGAAGGAACCCUAAGCCUUAAAUAUAUUUAUUCUCUUUCUACCAUGUUUAUAUAAUUUAACUGUGAGUUUGUAUUUUUUACAUUUAUAACCGUU